GCCGUUUUGGCUCAAGGGCACCUGCGGAGCGGCCAGCCGCAGCUCCGCCCCGCCGCCGCGGGCGCCGCGAUGGCUGGCGAGAGUUCCAGCCUCGACGACGCAAGCGGCGAGGACGAGGACGAGGUUGAGGGCGAGGGCUUUGCUGGGCAGCUCUCGCGGAGGCAGCGCGCGGCCCUCCGCGGCCUGCGGGCGCGCCUCGCCCCGCGGCUGGACCACCCCCGGUUCACGGACGCGCUGGUGCUGCGGUUCUUGCGCGCCAAGCAGUUCGAGGUCGAGGGCUGCGCCGAGAUGCUCGAGCGGCACCUGGCGUACAGGGAGAGGCGAGGCCUGGACCUGCCCACGGAGGGCUGCUGGUACGGUCCAGGCCCCGCGGAGGCCAUAUUCCCCGAGCUGCCGGCCCUGAAGCGGUCCUACCCCCACGGCUUCCACAAGGUGGACCGCCUCGGGCGGCCCGUGUACAUAGAGAGGCUGGGACAGCUGGAUGUCGGCGCUCUGCUGCGGGAGGUCCCGCCCGCGCGCAUCACGCAGUACUUCGCCCACGAGUCGGAGCGCCAGGCGACGUUCCGCUUGCCCGCCUGCUCGCUGGCAAAGGGGAGCCUGGUGCAGACCAGCGUGACCAUCCUGGACCUCAAGGGCCUCGGGUUCGGCCUGCUCUCCAACAGGCAGGCCUUGCAGACCAUGAGGGCCAUCAUCGCCGAGCAGGGGGCGGACUUCCCGGAGAUCUCCGACAGGACAGUGAUCGUCAACGCGCCCGCCGCUUUCUCCGGGAUCUUUGCCGCAAUCCGGCCCCUACUGAGCGCCAGCACGCUGGCUAGGCUGGAGGUCUUCCGUUCGGGUCACGAGUCGCGCUUGUUAGAGCUCAUCGCCCCAGAGGACCUGCCCGAGUUCCUGGGCGGCCGCUGCCGCUGCGGCGACGGCUGCCUGGCGCGGGACGUCGGCCCGUGGUGCGACCCCGCGAUCGGCGGCGCGCUGGCCGAGCGGCCACACUGGGAGGUCAUGCGCCAGUUCGCGGGAGGCGGCGGCCCAGCCGGGCCCGCCCUGGCCACGCCUGCUGCGGCGUGCGGGGCAGCCGCUGAGAAGGCCGCGGCCGCCGCGCCUGCAGGAGCGGAGGGAGGCCUCGCCGGGCCUCUGGGCGGCGCGGCCGCGCCGGGCGGCAUGGCGCCCGUGGCGACGCCCUCCUCCCCGAGCGCAGCCGACCCCGAUCGGGGCAGCGGCCCAGCGGCCGCGGUCCUGGCACGCUCGGGCAGGCAGAACGCCGCGCCCCACCGCGCUCACGCACCGCGGCGGCCCAGCCAUCCCGCUGACGCCGCCGCCGUCGGCUCCACCGUCAACGCCGCCGCCGCCGCGCCGACGACGCCGCGUGGAGCCGACGCCAGCGGCGCCGCCGCCGUCGGCUUUACCGUCAGCGCCGGCGCCAGCACCGACGGCGCCGCCAUGGGGGCGUCGGCGCCCACGGCGCCCGCUGGGAGCGUCGCAGACGCCGCGCCAGGGCGGCGCAGGCGCUUCUCGGACGGCAGCACCGCCGGCGAGGCCGCCGAGGGCCUCCCGAAGCACGCCACGGGCGCAGCUGGCUCCAGCGGCGCGCCACGAGACGCCGCCGAGGGCGCGCCGCGAUGCCCCGCUGGCGCGACCGCCGAGGGCGCGGCGGAGGAGCGCGCCGUGGGCUGCGACGCCGCCGCGGCCGCCGAGGGCGCGCCGCGCGGCGCCGCUGUCGCGGCCGACUCCGCCGCCAGCGUGACGGCGCGGCGCGCGCCGGAGCCCCGCGCGGAGGUCGCCGAGGGUGCCCACGUUGCCAGCAGCUCGCAGAGCCCAGGGAGAGCCGAGGCCGCUGCACUGACCGCCACCGCCGCAGCGGACGCCACGGUGGUCGCCACCACUGUCGCCGCCGCAGCAGUGGCGGCGGAGGCGGGCCUCGACGACGACGCCCGCGCGGAGGCGGACCACGUUGGCGGCGACGCUCACGCGGAGGCGAAUCAUGUAGACGGCGCCGGCGAUGAGGCAGGCCUCGAGCGAGAUGCCGCCGUGGAGGCCAGCGACGUUGGCGACGGUGGCGCGCAGUCGGACCUCGAGGGCGAUUUUGGCGUGGAGGCGGGCAUCGAGCGAGGCGCCGCGGACCUCGAGAGCGACUCGGGCGCGGAGGAGGAGGAUCUCAAGGGCGUUGUGACGUGGUUGGACGUCGAGGGCGACACCAGCAUUUGGCUCCGCGAGCGCGCGAGCGUCGUGGCGGCCGUUGGUUGGGAGGCGAUCGCCAAAGUGCAGGCCGGAGUCCAAGGCUACUUGCAGGAGCCGCUGACGCUUCCGAGCGAGGCGAGGCUUCCAGGAUCGCCGCUGCAGGGGCCGUUGCGGCUCGCCGGCGAAGACUUCGCCGACGGCGGGAGCCCCCAGAGCUCGCACGACCUGGACAGCGGCCGCAGAAGCCACCUCGGCGCGAGUGACUGCGCCGGCGACGCCGCCCGCGUCGGCCCGUCCGAACGGCACCACGAGGCUCCCGGCGGUGGCCGCACCUCGUGGCCGCCCGGCGACACCUCGGGCAGCGCGGAGGACCCCGUGGAAUGUCGGGCCGGCGCGGAGGACCCCGUGGAAUGGCUGGUGAGGGAGGCAAGCGAGGCGCUGUUCCCGCACGUCACCUGCGGGGCCCGCCGCCGCGUGCGGUAGCUCGCCGGCGGCGGUGCGGAGCUCGCCCUGCUCCAAAAGGGGCACUCGCUUUGGGCGACCAGGAGGAGGAAGAAUCAGGAGGGGAA